UGAAUCUACUUUGACGCGCUUGGAGACCGCCUUCCGCCUUCCGGCACGUGAUUGAAAUUACCGCACCCGAAACUGCAACUGAGUUGAGCAUUGUAUCUCCUUCUCACCUUCGACGCAAUUCCCUUAACAAUUCUCAAACCCAUCUUCAGAUAGGUGGCGUUGCAAGAUGAUUCGGCCGCGGCGCCCCGCUCUGCGCCAGUUCUUGCAACAUAGUGACUAUGCAAAGCUGAGGGAGGGCGUCCUGGUGUCACUCCGACAGGUCUCCGGGUCUGCGGGAGAUGAAGGCAAGAUUAAAUCUUCCGGUCCGUCCGGGUCUGCACCAAACAGACAGGCUCAGGGUGCCGCCAGUCCUCAACGACCCGACAACAGGGCUAAAAUCGCAUGGGUCACCUCGAAUGCCAAAGCCCCGAAUGCAGAAUACGUGCGCUCAAACCGUGCAGUCGAUGCAAGAUCGCUUGCAGCUCCGCGAGCAGGCGGUGAACCGGCGAACAUCCUCCGGCUUUCCAGGCUUCAGAAACCUCGAACCGGAGACAACGUCCGUGGACGUCGGCCAGGACCACUAAGGUUCGGUGCUGCUCCAAGAGGUCGUUCCGCUGGUCGUGAUCGGCCUAGACGACAGAGGAGACAGUCCUCGGAGGAAGAAGAGGGCGACAGCGCACGAGCAGCCCAGAUAGAGGAAGUUUACCGUGAGCAGGCCGAAAAAGAGAACCCGCAGCCUGUCCGUUAUGAUCCUCCGAAAGAAUACGAUAUGUCUCUUUUGAGAGACACUUGGCCGUCUCUUCCCAUCGGUAACGAAGCCCGCAGCGGUAGCAUACUCGAGAAAGUGUCUUGGAUAAGCGGACGCUACCCCAACGGAUACGAACCGCCUUUCGAAUUGGCACAGAAACUCUUCGAGGGCAAACGUGUUGUUUUCUCCAGCCAAGCCGAGAAGGACGCGGUUAUGGAAGAAGUGAAGAAGCUAGCCCAGGAUCGUGCGGAUAAAUUGACGCAACGUAAAGGGGACAUGGUUGAGCCUGAGGACACGACCUUUGUCCCAAUCGGUGCAGAAGAGCGCAAGGCCAUGUUGAACGAACUUGUCACGGGCAAAUAUCCAUCUCUCGACGCUCGCGCGGGUGAAAAGCCUGCCGUUGCUGAUGCGCUCAGAAAUCUCCAAAACAACGGGACAUAUCAGACCGUCGGUAAGACCGCUCAGUUCAUGGCGAAAUUCGAGUCUAUCCUUGCUGCUUCUGGCCGACGUACGAAACGAGUUUAGAUUAUCGUGGCUGCGAAACUGGUCACUGGUCUCGGCUUGGAACGGAAUGCUUUGUCACAUUUAAUGUACUACUACUAUACUACUACAUAGCCCUGCAUGGUUUUAAGAGCUUACCAACAACGAUGAUCCUUUGUAUGGCCUAAAUACCACAUUCUUUACAUUGGAUGAAUUAUUUUACAAUGGUAACUUCAUGUUAGUACAGUGAGG